AUGAUCCAAAGAAACACCAAUCAGCGCCGCCGCCCAGUUGGGUGGGGGGGGCCCCGAAUUUGGGGGGGAUUUGGGGGGCCCUCCACAAGCGGGGGGGGGGAGAGGGGAAAGACCAAGACCCCGAAGUCCCCCCCACUGAACUACCCCAAGUGUGCCACCCAAGUAAACCCCAUGCCACAUUCCCCCCCACCCAAGAAAUCGGGGAUCGAAGACGUCAAUCGAAAACCCCACCCUUCAUGA